AUGCACCCCGAUCUUGUAGCUGUACUGGAACUUCCUAAGUUCCUGUUGAAGCGGCCAAUGAUAUUUACCCAACUGGACAGGACUAUGGCCGGGGGGAAACCGCUGUUCACCACUGAACCCAUCCUCAAGCAUCCCGACCCAACUAAACCAUUUGUGGUUCAGGUCGAUGCUUCUGACUACUCUAUUGGAGCGCUGUUGCUCCAAGCUGAUCAGUCAGGUUUCAUUAAACAUUGCAACACACCAAUCAUCAAGGCCAACAACCGAGGUCUCACCUACGUCCUCCUGAUCUCCCUCUUGCUCCUCUUCCUCUGCUCCUUCCUCUUCAUGGGUCAGCCCAGGAACCUCACCUGUCUCCUCCGACAAGCUGCUUUUGGCAUCAUCUUCUCCAUUGCUAUUUCAUCUGUAGUCAUACCCAAGAACUACCAGCAGUUCCUGGCCUUGGUAUUUGCAGUCACAGAGGUCAACAAGGACCUGGUUCUCCUCCCCAAUGUCACACUCGGCUUCAGCAUCUACGACAAUAGCCAGACUGAGAGGAGGAUCUCCUUGAACAGCCUCUCUCUGCUCUCCACACGAGGCCGAAUGGUUCCAGGUUAUCAAUGUGACAGGCAGGACACCCUGCUGUCCGUCAUCGGUGGCAGUGACUCCAAGUCUUCAAGGCAGAUGGCCCCCAUCUUCACCAUCCUCAAGGUCCCACAGUGGAACUGGGUUGGGCUUCUGGCCCCCGAAGAUGACAGAGGAGCAGGUUUCAUCUCCUCCCUGGUGCCAAUGCUCAAGGCGAAGGAGAUCUGCCUGGCCUUCAGUGAACUGUUGGAAUCUGAUAACUUCUUCACUGUUGUUAAACUGAUGGAAUCUGAGAACCUGUUGACAAGAGCUGAUAAACUGUCGAAAUUGCUUCAGAUUCCCAAAUCUUGGUUUAAAGCUGAAGUGAUUAUUCUGUUUGGAGACUCCAGUGAAAUCUCUGAAGAGGGAGGGGGAGAAUGUACAGGGAAGGAGAAUGUCCAGAAUCUGUUAGCUUCCGUUUUUGAAAAGAGCAUGACGGGUGGAAGUUACAACAUCUACAAUGCCGUUUACUCUGUGGCACACGCACUACAGGCAAUGCAUGGAUCAGGAGCCCGACCAGCCUUGAGGAGGCUUGGAAAGAAGAUCUCCCAUGUCCAGUCGUGGCAGAUUCUGGCCUAUUUGAAGAAUGUCCAGUUCAACAACAGUGCUGGAAAUGAAGUCUCCUUCUCAGAAAAUGGACUGGGAUUAGCUCGUUAUGAUCUUCUGAAUUGGGUUUUCCUCCCCAAUCAGACUUUUGUCCCAGUGGAAGUUGGCCAGAUAGAUCCUGGAGCUCCCCCAGGCCAGGAUUUCUCCAUUAACUCAGAUGCAGUCAUCUGGGCCACAGAGAUUCUUCCUUAUUUGAAGAACGUCCGUUUCAACAACAGUGCUGGAAAUGAAGUCUCCUUCUCAGAAGAUGGACUGGGUUCAGCUCAUUACGAUCUUCUCAACUGGGUUUUCCUCCCCAAUCAAUCUUUUGUCCCUGUGAAAGUUGGCCAAAUAGAUCCUGGGGCUCCCCCAGGCCAGGAUUUCACCCUUAACCCAGAAGCAAUCAUCUGGGCCACAAAGAAAGUGCCCUUUGCCAGGUGUGGCAUGAAGAGGUGCCAUGCAGGGGAGAGGAGAAGCAUUCCAGAGGGCGAGCAGGUUUGCUGCUACCGAUGUGACCCUUGUCCAGAAGGGACCAUGUCUGAUCAGACAGAUGCAGCUCGCUGUGACCCCUGCCCAGAGGACCAAUACCCCAAUAAAGACAACGACCACUGCAUUGCCAAGAAGGUCCACUUCCUUUCCUAUCAAGAGACCCUGGGAUAUGUUUUAGCUUCUCUGGCUCUUUCUCUCUCUGUGAUCACAUCUGCAGUCCUAGCGGUUUUCCUUAAACAUUACGAUACACCUAUCGUCAAAGCCAACAACAGAAACCUCACCUACAUCCUCCUGGUCUCCCUCCUCCUCUGCUUCCUCUGCUCCUUGCUCUUCAUCGGUCGACCCGGGAAGCUCACCUGUCUCUUCCAACAAAUUGCCUUUGCCAUUCUCUUUUCCCUUGCAGUUUCCUCUGUGUUGGCAAAAACUGUCAUGGUGGUUCUGGCCUUCAUGGCCACCAAGCCAGGGAACAGGACAAGGAAAUUCUUAGGAAAGACACUGACCAACUCCAUUGUCUUAACUUGCCCCCUAGUUCAAGCAGUUCUUUGUGCCACCUGGCUGGUAACCUCUCCCCCAUUUCCCCACUUGGACUUCCACUCCUUGGUGGGAGAGACUGUCUUGGAAUGUAAGGAAGGCUCAGGUUCAAUGUUUUACGCUGUCCUUGCCUACCUGGGUUUCCUGGCCCUGGUCAGUUUCACGGUGGCCUUUCUGGCUAGGAAAUUGCCCGACAGCUUUAAUGAAGCCAAGUUCAUUACUUUUAGCAUGCUGGUCUUUUGUAGUGUUUGGAUCACCUUCCUCCCCACCUACCUGAGCACCAAAGGGAAAUCCAUGGUGGCCGUGGAGAUCUUCUCCAUCUUGGCUUCUGGAGCUGGUCUCAUGGCUUGUAUCUUUUUCCCCAAAUGCUACAUUAUCCUAUUGAGGCCUGAUCUGAAUUGCAGAGAAAAUAUAGUGAGGCACAAGAAUCUCUGA